UUCGAAAUUCUCUUUCAGGGAAGAGGGAGGAGAAUGGAUAACCGUUUUCUUCGACAUGUGUGACACGGGAAUGAAGAACAUGGACAUGGAGUUUAUCCAGUACAUGAUCAACCUAUUCAAGAAUUAUUACCCAUGGUUCCUUAACUAUAUCAUUGUUUUUGAAAUGCCGUGGCUGCUCAGUGCUAUGUGGAAGAUUAUCAAAACAUGGCUGCCCCCAAAGUCAAUAGAGAAAAUCAAAUUUGUCGAUAAGAAGUCUCUGAAAGAGUUUGUGGAGCCUGACCAAGCCCUGGUCAGCUGGGGAGGCACUGACAAUUACGAGUACCAAUUUGAGCCUGAGGCAACCAAUGCCUUUGAGCCAAUUGUCAACGGAGACAUAGAGGCACGGAAGGUCCACUUUGCUGAGGGUAGUGCUCAGCCACCUGCGUCACCUCUCAGGGGUAAACCACAGCUUAGACGCACAAUAUCAGCCAAUGGAAAGGCCAUCAUAGAUAUCGACCCAAGCGAAGAAUUGCUGUUCAGCAACUGCCGAAUUGGUGCGUCGACAAAUAUUAUACUGACGAACCCCACUGACAGCCCUGUGGCCUUCAAGAUCAAGACAACCUCACCAGAGAAGUAUCGUGUACGUCCAUCUGUUGGUGUCCUGGAAGGGGGAGCUCAGCUGGACAUCAGUGUGACCGUGAGUGAGCAGCUCGCCCCGGCUGCACUGGUCAGGGACAAGUUCCUUGUUAUGGGAGCCCCAACUUCAAUACCGGAUAUGAAUUCUCAGGAAGUUUCACAGCUGUUCAAGAACAUCAGCAAGGAUGAUCUUUUUGAAACACGCUUACGAGUAGGAGUCUCUGCUGUUGACUCAAGUCAUGAAUCGUCUUUAACUGGUGGUCAGGCAGCUCCUGUUUCAUCAUCAGAGCUUAUUUCAAAGAUUGACCAGUUACUCCACCGCCAGUCUGCCGUGGAAGAGCAGCUUCGAGCAGCAAAGAAGCUUGUGUUCAUCAUGCUUGUGGCCAUGAUUGUAGUGCUUAUAUUCCUCAUCACAAUUACGAACAACAACCUUCAUGCACACACCGCAGCGAUGCAGAGCGCAAACACUAUCAUCAGCCAAGCUAGUCAUGGGGAACAGGGUAGCCACGUGGAGCUAUAGCGCUUCCGUGCUCUAUAAUUAUAAGCUGUCAGAAGCUCAUUCGAGAAUGGCUUUGGUCGUUGAGUCCUUUAAAGAUUUAAAGAGAGGCUUGAUAUACGAGUGUAGAAUCACCCUUGAGGUCGUAUUGAAUGGAGGGAGGGGGGAGGGGGCGGAUGACUUUACAGUCAUUUUGCAUGAGAAGUUUGUCACGUUUGUGAGUGUUGUAGAGAGUGCUAUUAUAGUCUAGGGAGUUGUAAAUAGAUAAUGAAUACCUUUACUAGAGGCUUUUUAUAUGUUUAAUGGCAUUUAAGA